AUGGUUUUCCCGGACUUCUCUCAUGUCCUUCUAUCCACCUGGACUUCUCACGUCUUCAUGCUCAUGUCCUCUCUUCGCUCGCGCCCCACUGGCUUGCCAGCGGCCGGCUCCCGAUGCCCAAAAUGUAGAUACCAGCUCUUCGACUUUCUUGUUUACAUACGUCUCCCUUGCUUCCUCGUCCGCGUUGUCGGCUACCCAGGCUAUCCUGCUGUCUGUACCCUAUACCUGUACCUCUGUAUACCCUGCUCGUCCAUAGUUGUCUGUUGUAUACCUUAG